AGUAAUUUCAGUAUAAACAACGAGUAUAUUCCAUAUUCUCAAAAUACAACAAAAAAUUGUGUCAAAUUUUGUAUAAAAUUAAUAGCGAUUUUCUCGACGCUUUUAUGGUUGGCAAAAACUAGAAGGAACUUGACUUGAUAUUCGCUAAACAAGAGUUCUUUAAAGUUAUUCAUUAUAUAUAUAUUAUAAGUUUUUUUUGUAUAAAAUUAGGACAAAUUUUUACGACAAAAUGAAAAUUUUUGCAUCAACCUAAUAUUCAAAUACUUCUGACAUAUUUGGUACACAUUCUGAAUGAAAAAGAAAGAAAAUUAAAAACUGUUGUAAUAUAAGAAAAUCGAUUUUGGCAUGGUUUCAGCAUUGAAAAGCAUUUUUUGUAAACAUUGCAAGAAGAGAAAUACUGUAUUCGCUAUUCGGAAAAGUAAUUGUGCUUAGAAGAAUAUAUGGAAAAUCUAAAAACUAUAAUCAAAAUUGAUUUAAUUUAUUUUUUUUCAUAUUCUUGGAGUUUUCUUUUUAUUAUCACUUAUGAAAAUUAUGUAAUAAGAAAAUAAAGAGAUGUAGUUACAAAUCUUUUUUAUAUUACAUAUGUAGGUAAACAACAACGAACAAAAUAAAGUAUUGCGAAAACAAAAAAAAACGGGAAAAAUAAAAAAACAAGGGAAGAAAAUAAUCGGAAUUAAAAGGACUUGUCAAUAACCUUUUCUCUUUUCGUUAUGCUUUUGUAUUUUCUUUUUGUUCCAUAUGAAUCGUUAUUAAAAAAUUAAAGAUAAUAAAUAUUAGCAACAAAUAUGAAAAAAGAAAGUUAUUUAGAAUAAAAUUGGUAUAAUAACAUUGAACUUUGAAAAAAGCUGAAGGCAUGUACAUUAUUAUUGUAAACUUAUCGAAAUGGUGUUAAGUACAGAAUGGUCACAAGUCGAAGUAAUCGAUUUAGUUAAUGAUGGUAAUGGUCUCGGUUUUAUGCUAGUUGGCGGUCGUAGUACUGGAGUUGUUAUAAAAUGUUUAAUACCGGGUGGCGUAGCUGAGCGUGAUGGUCGUUUACAAAAUGGUGAUCAUGUCCUUCAAAUUGGUGAUGUCAAUUUACGUGGUUUUAGUUCAGAACAAGUAGCAUCUGUAUUAAGACAAGCUGGUUCACAUGUUCGUUUAAUAGUUGCUAGGCCAAUUGAGCCAAGUAAUGUUGACUAUCAUACGUUGGCAAGUCAUGCACCGGUUGUACCAACAAAACUACUGUCAGAUCCAGAUGAAUUGACACGGCACUUAUUUCAAAAUGCCGCAUUUGCAGCCCAAAGCUUUUUAACGGCAACUGUUGAAGAAGCAACCGCUGCCGUUGUUUUACAAGAUCGUUUAACACCUCAUGCAGCGGCAAGUAUAUUACCGCCUUUAGAUUUAAUAGCAGCAUGUCCAGCAUUACCUAGUGAUAUACCAGUGCUAUCCCCCAUAAUACCAAUCAUAUCACCAACAUCAACUCAAAGUCCUUCUCCGGUUGACAAUUAUGCUAAUACACCGGAAACGGAAACUUAUGAUGUUGAAUUAAAAAAAAAUGUGUAUGGAUUGGGGAUAACAGUGGCUGGAUAUGUAUGUGAAGAGGAAGAUCUCUCGGGUAUAUUUGUCAAAAGUAUCAUAGAAGGAAGUGCCGCUGAAAUGAGUGGUAAAAUUCAAAUUAACGAUCGAAUUGUUGCCGUUGAUGGAAAGUGCUUAGGUGGUGUCUCAAACCAUCAAGCCGUUGAAAUUUUACGUAAUACAGAUAUUUGUGUUAAUUUGACAUUAGAGCGGUUUUUAAGGGGUCGAAAAUAUGAGCAUUUACAGGUAGCAUUAACGGAUGCAAAUAAAGAAGUUUGUUCACAAAAUUCAGUGCCACAAUCACCUUCAAUAGCAACUUUAUCAUGGGUGGCUGUAAAAUCAGAUGCGGAUUCUGCAGUAACGGAAGAGAUUGGUGAAACCCAAUUAGACUAUGAAUUAGCUUCACACACAACUUUGGACUCAAAUAUAUCAAUGAUGUUAGAAAAUUAUUGUGAAAAUAAUGUAGAUGAUGUUAAAAGCGAAGAAAGUGAUCAAAGUAACAGUGAAAAGGAGAGCAGUAAUAGUCGUAGUCACCAAAAUAGUAAUAAAGGUGAUGAUAGAAGUGGAAAGUUCAAUGUUCAGGAUGAAGUGGUCGAGGCUACAAUAGUUAACCAUAAAACUCAAAUUUUUCAAAAUAACUUGAAAAAUGGUCAGAUAGCAAUAAAAAAAAGUGAAAAUAAUAUGUGCUCUGAAACAAAUAGUCCCCAAAAAACAGAGACGAAACAUAUUGUACUAUCGGCAACAGCUAGUUUAAAUUCUUUGCAAAGAACAUGGAAAGAUGAAUGUCCUGAUAGCGAUAUUAUUGUCGCUGAAAUCAAUAAGUUAUCAAGUUUAGGUAUAAGUCUCGAAGGUACGGUAGAUGUUGAAUGUGGCAUCGAAAAGAGACCCCAUCAUUAUAUACGUUCUAUAUUACCUGAAAGUCCAGUUGGAAUGAAUGGUAGACUGAAACCGGGUGACGAAAUAUUACAAGCAAACGAACAUAAAUUACAAGGUUUAAAACAUACAGAUGUUGUAAAAAUUUUAAAAGAACUUCCAUCGCAGGUGAAAUUAGUAUGCGCUCGCGGUCCACGAGCACCAUCUGUCAUAAAUACUUCACAAAAUCCGGAAGCAUUUGAAUCGCGUAGCUUAUUACCGGGUGGACAUCAAUCAUUACAAGGUUUCUUAACAAAGGCACAAUCAGAAAGUUCACUAUAUACUUCUAGUACUGCUACCCUAACCGAUCAACAAAGAUCGAAAAGCCUUGAACAAGUUUCCGGUCUGGCAUUAUGGAGUAGUGAGGUGGUUUACGUUGAAAUUGAAAAAACUGAAUUUGGUUUCGGGUUUUCAAUUUUAGAUUACCAAGAUCCUUUAGAUCCGGAAGGCACUGUAAUUGUGAUACGUGGUUUAAUACCUGGCGGUUCAGCUGAAACAACAAAUCAAAUAUUUCCUGGCGAUAGAUUAGUAUGUGUAGAAGACAUAAGCUUACAGGGUAUAAGUUUAGAUGAAGCUGUUAGUAUAUUAAAAGGUAUGCCAAUUGGUAAUACUAAAAUAGGAUUAUGUAGACCAUUAUCAACAUCGGAUAACAAUAUUGCAUCUCCAGCGGAUUCAAAUAGUACAUAG